ACUGUUGGCAACACUGUUACAAGUCGACAUUUUGACGAAGUUUAACUCGUUCGAUUUUUACACCCUGAGUACAUAAAUAUUUUCUAUGUAAUACAAUAAAUGUAUUCUAAUAAAAUAAUGAACUUAAAUACAUUUUGGGUAGAAUAGUGAAAAUAUAAGUAAAUAAAGAAUGUAUGAAAUGUAUUGUUUUUGAUAAAGAAGUUUUAAUUCCCAAAAGCUGGAACUGACUUUCGUCCGUGUGCUGCGGUAGGCUUCGCAGUCGCUCGCUGUGUUCGGUCGCCGCUGUUCUCGCUCCCACAGCUACUACAUUGCCAUAUCCUUUGUGCUUUGCGUGCUUGUUAAGCAUCGAUUUGGGCUAAACGUUAGAUACCACCUAACAAUAUUUAGGGUGUAGUGUUUUGCUAUUAAAUGUUAUAUAUAUAUAUCGCUAGAAUGUGAAAAAUUUUACGAAAGUGAUUUAUUGAAACUAAAUAUGCGGCGAUAUAUCCCAGAACAAAACUAGAUUUAAUUAUCUUCUAGUCUAUUGUUUACUGUUAAUGGCACCAUCGUGAAUCAUCAAAAUGUCUCGCUUUGGAUUACGAAGCAGUUCGGAUAUCUUCAAAGUCUCUGAGGAGCAAGCAAAUCGCAAGAAAAUAGGUUCUGACAGCAAACUGUCUUCAAAACGAAAUUGUCAGAAGAAAAAGAAACUUAUUUACUUGCAUAAAGAUGAAGGAUUGAACGAGUCUUGUACUCAAAAGGAUGAAAAUAAGUCUUCUGUCUCUAUUGUGUGUAGUUUGCCUCUAAACCGAUUAAGUGGAUUUAUAGAAAAGCUCAAAACAAACAAUUUGAGUAUUGAAAUUAAAAAUCAAUAUAUUAAUAAAAGUUCCCUUAAUGAAGUAAAAGGCGUAGAUGGAAUAAAUUUGUGCGACCAACUUUCUGUUGGAACUAUCUGUGAGAAUGUUGGUUCAAAUCAUCAGGAAUUCGACGACUGCACUUCGUCUGUGGAAGAAAGCGUAAGAAUUCUUUGCUUGUACUGUGAUAAAAAGUUCACGUCCUAUAAAAUGCAGCUGAAACAUGUUGAAAAGUUUCAUAUUCAGCAUAAGAAUCGCAGGUGUAGUGGCCGCAACUCACAAGUUGCUCUUCUAAACGAUUCAAAAAAACAGCGAGGAGAUUCUUGCGGCAUUGUGGUAGCAAAAUAUCCUGGAUGCAUAUACUGCAAACGAUCUAGAUCUAAUCAAAUAGAAGCAUCGAUUAAGGACUUAAACGAUCUUUUUCUUCAUUUCGUUGAUUGUCAUCCAGACAAAUAUUUUGGAUGUAAAUCAUGUGUACUGCGUUUUCCAAACAUUUCAAAAUUGUCCCAACACAUGCAGGCCAUACAUAAGGAUAUACCACACUUGGCAGAUGAUAGUUUAAAGUGCAAAGAUUAUGAUUUAACUAUAUUGGAAAACGAUGAUAUUGAAAAGAAUAGUCGAGAUAGAUUGAAAACGACAAAGCCGAGGUGUUCUAAAACACAAAAGAGUGUUAAUGUUAGCAUUCCGUCUACAUCACCCGAAGAUCCCAUAACCACGAAUUCUAAUACGAUAAUGGGUGCUGAAGAACCAAUUUUAUCUAGACUAGGGCUUGCACAAAAUCGACUACCAAACAGCAGAAAAGGUAUUCGUUCACGAAAAGAUAGCAUCCUCUCAGACUCGAUACUGAAGCCUGAUCAGCCAUCUGUUUAUAUGACAGCUGUAAAAGCACGUAAUAAAUCUGGAAAAAAUGCAAUCAGAGAGAGUGGUGAUGCCGAAGUGGUUUUUCGUAUGCCGACAAGAACGGAAAUGUUAUCCAGUGUAUUCGAUGAAAACUUUUACAGAGAUGUUGUUUCAAAUGUUCGAAAUAAUCUAUUAUAUUUUUUGGAUGGAAAGCUUCUGGGAAAUGUGGGUAGUGCCAUGCAUAUGAAUUCAUCCGUUUCUUUAAUCAAACAUCAAAUGCCAACUAUUAAAAGUACAUUGGCUGAAAGUCCCAUUGUUCCGGAUGAGCGCAUUAUUAUAGAUAGUGAGAUUCAUGCUGCCACAAGUCUUUCUACAAUUACAGCUUUUCCAACACUUUUAACAGCAGAACAGUAUGGUGGGGAUGCGGUUUUAUCAAAAAUUCGAAGACCGCAUACAAAACAUUCUUGGAAGUGGAAAUGGGAUAGUGUGAAGAAGUUUAAGUUAAUAAAUGAAGGUGGAAAAAUAGUAAAAAAAAUGAAGCAGCCAAUGCUGGGGCUACGGGAUUUAUCAAAACUGGAUAUGUGGACUCAACUGUCGAUGCGUCAAAAACACGAAAUGCAGCAGUGUAUUUUAAAUGCUGACUCCCACUCGAAUGAAAGCGUACGAGAAGAAAAGCAACGAAUAAAUGAACAAUUAAAUUAUAUUCUGGAUAUGCGCUUAUUACCUCAUAUCAUCUUGGAACAAAAUGAACAAGCAAUAAUAAAAAUCGAGAAUGAUGAAUUUGGAAUAUUAUCACAUAUGCCAAAUAGUGAGGAGGAUGGAUCGUAUAAUAUUCUGAAUCAAUCAUUUGUCGAUGAAACCUUUUUUUCCAUACUACAACUUUCACCCAAUCACGAGCUUCAUUGUAAUCGAACACAACUAGUAUUAAGUGGAGAAUGGGCGCGACCAAGAUGUUAUCUAUGCAUGUGUUGUGGCGCGAAAUUCGAAAAGUUAAAAUCCUUAGAAGAACAUAAAAUGUUUCGCCAUUCGCACGUUCUUUCCGCCCACUAUGAGGUGGUUGGACGUGAGUUACUGGCAGGAAACUCACUGUGCCACUUAUUUAUACCCAAUCGAGCAUUAAGUUAUUAUGGCAAUGAAAGUUACAGUAAUUCGAAUAUUGUGCGAAAAAUUGGUUGGAAAAAAAAUGAGUCGAUCCACAUAAGUCAAAGGAUAUUAACAGGUUCAACAGGAGAUGAUGAUUCUUCUGAUAGCAUACAAUCGACUGUAAAUAGUUGCACUUUAAAUGUUUACAGUGCUAAACAUAGUACAACCACAGAUGAGUGCGACACUGACACAAAAACCACCUUAGACAUUAACACCGGAUCGCCAUCGAAUAGUAUGCAGUCGUCGAAUUCCCUAUUUACUGCGCCAUCAAAAAUGCAUCUAAAAUGUAAGGAGGGGGUUUCAAUUUCAACAAAAUGCUCAAAGUGCACACGCAGAUGCAAUGGAACUUUAGAUUUAUAUCGGCAUAUGUUGGAUUGUUCGGGCGAUUAUAUUUGGUCUCUAGCUAAGAAAAGAAAAUACCGUUAUUAUUGUGGAUCUAAAAAACGGCGCUCGUGGAACAAGCAUAACUUCGCGGAGUUACGCAAAAAGCCUCAAAAGAUCUCAAAACCGUCGCCUCCAUCAAAUGACACUGAAGAGAGCAUUUCUUCUUCUAAAGUGAAAACUCCUUCAAGACAGCGUCCCAGCGAUGCUGAAUCAAUAAAAAAAAUGCUGGAAAAUUUACCGCCCAAACGGAUAUGCAAAAAAAUAUUCCCGGCUUUAACCAAGACAAAGAAAUCGAAAUUUAUAACGAAGCAUAAGAUAUACAGUAGUCAAGGGAGACUUAGAUCUACUCGGGCUAGGCAAAUUUCAAAACUAUCAAAGUCCAAAGUUAAUUUUUCCAAUAAAACAAACAAAAGUAUGAAAAGAUUGCAUCAUAAAUCCGACAAGAUGGUCGUGAAACACAAUCCCAAAAAUUUACUCAAAGUAAAUAGAAAUACAGAGAGUAACGACUGUAUAAAUAUUUUUACAAAUGAUCUAGAAAAUGAAAAUCAUCAAAAUGCUCCAAGUUCUAGUAAUAUUUUACCACAAGCCGAUGUAUCCAUCCAGAAAAGCGAAGUUGAUUAUAAAGAAACAGUUUUGGAAAAAUCGAAUACUGCAUAUGCUGUAGAAUGUACGGACGGACCAACAAAGAUUACAUCAGAAAAUAUCAGUAUUCCGAAUGAGAGUCGAGUUUGUGACAGCUUACGUUCAAAUAAAGUUGGGCAAGAAACUGAUUUUCAAAAACCGACCGCAGGGGAUAUUUCGGUAAACUAUGAUGCCAAACACAACACACAAUAUCUUGAAAAUGUUACCUGCAAUAAGAAAAGAAGCAAAAAGAUCAAUGACUGUAUUGCUAUGCUGACCGGUAAAUUGGAAGAAAAACUAAAGACUGAAAAAAAUUCAUUAAACAAAGAUGAGGCAAACAUAGAAAAAGAAACUAAUAGCGAAAAUAAAAGUAGGUUAAGUGGUGAAUCCAAAACACCCAAGAGAAAAACACUUUCGCGAAAGAUAAUAAAAGUGGACAGUAUCCCCUCCCAAUCGUCAUUAGGUAAAGCUGAGGUAGUGCUGGAAACUACAACAUCAGCACCAAUUAUAUCGAAAAUACCGAGUACUCCAAUCGUCGCAAGUACAUCAAUUGCAAAAAUGAUAACAGUCUCAACGUCAACAAUGACAAUAACAACAUGCAAAUCAACGGUCCAAAAUAAUAUAAAUAUAAGUUACCUCUCAAAACCCGCAAAUAUUAACCUGUUGCUAGAAAAUAACAAAUAUUCUCCGUUGAAUAAACAACCCACACAAUUAGUAUCAACAAAUCCUAGUCCUAUUGUAGCCGUAAUGCCACCAAUUACCUUGGCUUCAACGAAUGCUAAUUCAUUAUUGUUAACGAAACCACCUACACCUUUAGUCGUGGAUAAAAUUAAAAAAGCAACGCCAGCACUAGUAAAUGCGAAUACAAUUGUUGAAUUGGUACCUCCAUUUCCAACACUGCCUCUUAAUCUUCCAUUGCAAACUAUACAAGUCCAUUCAACAUCUAUACCGCCGACGCCACAGCCGCCUGUCUUAACAGUAUUACCACAGCCACCUCUUUUGUCAACACAGGUACCUAUCGCUCCGGUUGUACCUGUUGCUCCUAUGGCUCCCAUUGUACCAGUCGCACCAAUGACACCUAUAGUGCCUGUUGCGCCUAUAUUCAAUUCAGAACCACUAAAUUUAUCCAAUACAAAAAUUAUCAAAAAACCAAAUGUAAACGAAUUAGUUUGCUUAACUCCAUAUCGAGGUGGCAUACCGAUGAGAAGACAAACCAUUUGUGGUUUUGAAGCUAGAAAUUUUAUUCUGGAAGAUGAACCUUUAGACCUUUCAAAAAAAUCUAGCAAGGAUCAAUCACAAGAUGUUCCGGCCAUGAUUCCACUAUUACCUAUAAUUAAACCUAUGGAAAUCCAUAACAUUCCUCCAAUCGGUAUGAAUAUGGCCAUUGCGACUCAUCAAGAUGUUUCUUUAAACAAGCAAUUUUAUUCUAAUCUGGAACUACUGAAGAUUCCACAAAUACGAAACCAUGGAAAUUCCAACAGCAGCGAAGUGAGUUUUGUAAAUGCAAUCCCUAAAUGUCCGUCUAAGAAACGGAAUGUAGGUAAAAACAACAACGAACCUACUUCCAAAUCCGAAACGUCGAACAGAAGUAAGGGUAGUAACAAGGAAUCUUCAGUGAACAAAAAGGAUAGUUUAAUGAAGGGCAAAAGCCCUCUAAAAAUGGAUGAUGAAGUUAUAAAUCAUAUCGACGAUGCUAUAAAUUCUGUAAUUAAUGCUGUUCAGGCAAGUUUGCCAGAUAAUGAGGAAGAUAUUGGUGUCAAAUAUAAUAAGUGCAAUAAAAAUAUUAAUCAAGUGCAACCAAUAAAUCCAGUACCUCUUGCUAAUCAGAGAAUAUUCGAUCUGGCAGAACUCCCUACACAAACACAGUCAUCGUCAAUGCCAAUUAUUGUGACGCAUUUACCAUUGCCCGAAACAUCGUUACAGAUGCAAAGGUGUAACGAAGAAGAAACGAAAAACGAAGAAGUUGUAAAUACAAAUUUAAUGAAGCCUUUGGUGCUCCUACCUCAAAAGCGUUACGUUCGAUCGAAAACUGUAGAUUGUCGUCCAAACGCGCUGUUGAUUGCCCCAGAAAAUGUAUCAGAUAACUUGCAACAUCUAACUGAAUUGCCCGUGGCUGAGCUCAACGUAAUAAAUAUAGCAACUACCAACGUUUCUACUAAAAUCUCAGAAUGUUCAAAAAGUAUCAAUGUUAUACCUAAGGAUACACUUGAGGUCCCCGUUAUAGACUGCAAAACGAAAACUCCAAACUGCGAUACCAACAAUUUUCAGAAUUGCGAAACAGUCUUAAGCCAAAAAACAAAUAAUGAUUUAAGUGUUUCGAAUGAAACACACUUAAAUGAUAAAGAGCCUUCAAGUCUUCCCUCUGAUCCACAAAAUGUAUUGAAGAAAUGCAUUUCUCCAGCAGUCGAAGUUGCGAAUGAAGUAAAUGCAAACAUAACUGAGGAAAAUAUGAGCAACAUUAAUAAUACGUCAUCUGGUUUCCAUAGUUGUGGACAAGUGGAUAACACAGUGGAGGCCACGAAGAAACAGAGGCGUCGACGUAAAAAUGAGUUGGCUGCUAUUGUAGCUGACCAACUUCUGGAAAGCUUUAAAAUAGAUAAAACCCGACGUGAUAAUCUUAAAAAGUUGGAAAAUUUAGCUUACGAAAAGAGCGAGGAUCUGUUUGUUACAGGUAUGUUAUUAAUGUCAAGUACAAAGAGAAAUGUUACGUCUGCCAAACCCGAUCAACUGAGUAAUGAUGUAAACUCAAAUAAGAAUUCUGAUAGCGUAAGUCGGCAAAGGCAAGAGCAAAGCAAAACCAAAACAGCCAAGGUGAAACACAAACAAAAUGCUAGUAACAAUAAAGCUCUUCAGCUUGUAGACACAAUACCAACCCUCAUGAAUACAAACAAUGGUCCGAAUGAGAAAUCCAGAGACGAGAAAAAUGCAGGAAAUAAAAGAAAUAAAAAACGGCAAUCUCGUAGCAAAGGUAAACCUUUGGACAACGAGAAUAUAAGUAAAUUAAAAUCAUCACUUGAGUCAUUUUCUAUUGGCAUAGAAAAACAACUUACAGAAUUAGAAGCUAGAAAUGCAACCCUUAAUGUUCCUGAAUCAAAACUCUUAAACACUUCACCAGCUUCUAUGAGGCUAUCUCUUCUAAGACCAAGUAUACUAUCUGCGAACAUUGAAUCAAAUUUGAAUGAACAAAAAGCACUUCUUAUUGAAAGUAAAGCUACGAUUUCUAGUCGUGACCCUCGGCUUAAUAAAAACAUACACAAAAAUGAUCAUAGUGAAUUUUCUGAAAUGACAUCAGCGGAAAAGGAUAAUAAUUUAGUAGAAAUAGGUGAUGUUGAGGAAGAUAAUUAUCUAACAGAAAUCGCUAAAAACGUCAAUGAGAAGAUCAUGUCUUCAGAAAACGAAGAGUUUAUGUUCGUAAAUGAUGGCUUUGAAUUAGGUAAUGAGUUGCAAGAUGAUUCAAAUAGUAAAUUCUAUAGUCGUCCACCCACAUCAAUGAGUGUUCGGAGUGCUCCAAACUUUAACGAUGAUCGAUCGAACUUCGGAUCUAUUUGUGAUGAAAAUACGAAUACAGAAGUAAUGGACAUGGAUUUAGAAGACGAACUGAGUGUGUAUACCAGUUAUUCACAGGAUGUAGGAAGGGGUCGUGGAAGGAGAAGACGACGAAGAAGAAGUAUUUUGUUGAAGCGGAGACCAAAAAAGCGUGUAACUCAUGACAAUUCAGCAGAAAAAUUUGAGUGUACAUUAUGCAAAAAAAUUUUUUAUUCGCUAAAUUCAUUGACGAAACACAACAUGACAUUAGCACAUGUAUCAAAACUAUCUGCACAAGAGUACCUCUUAUCGAAAACAUUGGAGAACGCAUCAACUACAUCUCAGAUUAUCCCCAACAAUAAAGAAAUACAAAAAUAUAUUCCAACUGAUUCCACAGGCUCACGGAAACCGGCGAACAACAGUGAUGUAAAUCUAAUUUCUGAACAAAGUGAUACUGACCUCCCACACCAUAAUAGCUUGGAACAACGGGUUCAUCCUGUCAAUGUCAUGGAAAAAAGAGAAAAAAGUGACAAUGGCAAAGGUAAAACGCAUUUCAAUAACGCUACACGUCUGAAUCUUAAUCCAGAUGAGCGUUUGUUCUUCGAAUGUUGUAACAUAUUGAAAGGAGCGGAAACAACAUGUGUAAACAAUGGCGAAGAUAAUAAUAUGGGCUGUGCAUUUGAUUACAACUUCAAAGCCAAAAAUCAAAUAUGCAUGGUUCCAAGCAAUACUUUCAAAUCGUUAUCCAACGAAAUCUCCAAAAAACAGAUUACCUCAGAACUAGUUAGUUGCAAACCUAACGUCUCUCAGCAGGAGUUUAAAAGUCCUCCUGUUCAGCAUGCAACUAUUUUGAACAAAGUUGGACCCACUACUUCUGCUCGAGAUCAACGAGCGGCUUCACCUAACUAUUCAGCCAUUUCUCAGUUUUCUGCUGUAACUAAUGCAACAUCUAGAUUUAAAACUAAAGCUGCCAUGAAAGGUUAUGAAAACACUAAUGUGGACUUAUCGUUGUGUAAGGAAUUGGAAGCAAAAUCGCCUGCUGUGUGUAAAUUGACUGAGUUAGCCGAAAUCGCUUUGGGAAAUGAGAAAUCCAAUUCACCGGAAUUUACUUCCAUAUCAAACCACCAGGAAGGUUCUAUUUAUAGACGGCUGGCAAGUCGAGAAUAUAUAACAUCAUCAGUCGCUGUUGAUAAUCCGAAAAAUUGUGGUGAUGGUAUUGGCCAAGUGGAUCGAAUCAAAAUUAAUGAAGUUCAAAGUUCAACGUCAUCGAAAACCAUAAUGCAUUCUUCCAAAAUAAAAUCUGUAGGGGAAGAGCAGAGUAAGGAAGCCUGCAAAAGAAUUGUUAUACCAGAGAGGCCAUUUAAAAAUAUCGGUCUAGAAGAAAAGGAAACAAUUACCUUUCAAAAGCCCAAAACAACUGUUAGUUUGCUAACAGAUGAUAACAGUAUUUCGACAACUAGCUACUCAGAUCGUGAUGAUUUUGACUUUGCUUCUUUGAGUUGCGAUGAAGAGCCUAGCCCAAAGGUUAGUAAUGAAAGGAAUGUCAAAGAUAACUCGGAUAGUAGUUCUAGUCGAGCGACAGCUAAAACUUUUGAAAAUAAAUCACUCAUAAUGGAUCGCAUAUUUAAAAAUAUGGGUACGAAAGCAAAAACAUCUGUGAAAGUACAAAGUAUAGGCAUACAGAAGGAUCCGUCACCAAAAGCUGACAUCAAUCAAUUGUUUGAUGAAUUACGUGGUGAUUGUGGACCUAAAGUGAGAGCAUCCGAGAGCACUUCUAAAAAGCAUACUGUUUUAGAUAGCUCCGAAAAUUUGCCACUUAAACAAAGGCAACCAAUUCCUCAAGCGGAAAGGCCAUUAUCGUUUACUCGUGGAUCGAAGGAAAGCCGAAAGAAAUCUAACGUUAGCUCGAAGAGCCAGAAAGAAAUAACGAGACUGCAAUCAGAAUUAGGUAUGAGUCAGGAAGAGAUUGUCAAACUAAUUAACGAAGGGCAAAGAAAAUCGAAAAGACGUUGCGCGACAAAUAGACCAAAAAAGCUGGUGGAAAUGUGGAGUUCAGAUGAGUAUGAAGAAUUUUUAUCUACGAAGGAUAUAAUUGCGUUAAUAGAGGAAAAGGAAAAACAAGAAACCCGAAAAAAACGAAAGACCUCGAAUCACUUAACUACAAGUAAUAAUAAAAAUAAAGUUAUUGAAAGUCCCAAGCUAAUAACUGGAAGGAGGAAAAGUGUAAGGUGUGUUGCUGAUAAUAAGGAAAGAUCUGUAGAGGCCACUGCAGAGUUGAAAACUUACCAAUGCUGUAAAUCGAACGGUGCAUCAACAAAGGCGCAGAGCAACCAUGUGCCCACACAUUCCUCUGAGAAUAAAGGAAAAUAUACUCGUAGUUGUACAACAGUUGGCAGCGAUAUUAAACAUAAAAAUAGUAUUAGUAGUGAAUUAAACCAGAAAAGUACAACUAAUCGCAUAAAUAAUAAGAAAAAACGGUCCUCCAAAGGCAGUUCCGAAACUGUUGUACCCAAAUCGUUAGCAUUAGAUAAAGGGAUGAGGGAAGAUAAAAAGAUAUCUAGAAUGGAAAUCACUUCCGCAGAUAAUGCUAAAGGUAUGCUGCAAGGGAAAGAGGAACAGCCCGAAAAAAAUUUAUCAGAUUUGAAACAAACUAAUUCUAGAACUAGGAGUAAUAAAGAAAGAAAUUAUACUGAAAGUAAGGAUGUUGUAAAUAACAUAAAAUCAUUACCUAGGGAAUCUGGCACGAGUGUUGUAGUUAAUAAGCACACGAAUAAUCAAUGUAAUAAGAAUCGAAGAAAAAAUCAAUCCCAUCAAUCGCCUCCACGUCGAAAGCGUUUGGCAUCCGAAAAACUGUACUACUGGUCGUCGUCAAGUGACGAAGAAUUUGGUAAAAUCAGUUCAGCAUGUGCCCAAGAGUUUGAUGGCGGCGAACAAUAUCAAAAGCAUGGAUGGAUUGUAGGAGAUUCACAUAAAAAACUAGUGACUUUACUCGCAAUAGCAAAAGGAAACAAAAAAGUUGAUAAUAGUUGUGGAGUAAAGAAAAAUGUUUGCAGAAAGAAAAACUAAUGUUAAUAAGCAUGUAAAUAUAUAGUUUUAAAAUUAAGAUAAUGUUAUAUGUAUAACGGAUUUUUUAUUAAAUAUAUUUUUAAAAUAAAGCCUAGCUUACGGUAAAUAUCAGAAAAUGUUGAACUUA